UGGGUCAGUGACGCCAGCAGGAGCCUCGGGUGAUACAUCUGCAUGGGCAAAUCGGCAUAAGCUUUGUGAAUCUUAUGGAACCACGAGUAGCUGGGGCACUAUAGGGUCGGUUGUUAGAUUUUGGGUGAAAUCAAUAGUCACAAUUGAGUACGCCAGUCAGGCAUAUGCCGUUCCCAGUACCUUUUUCGCACCUUCAUUUUUAUACUUUAACUUCCUCUGUUGCUGCCUGUCCUGCUGUUUCUUCUCAGUUUAAAAUAUGGUUGACUCUGGAGCAAAACCUGUACGUAUUGGCUGCUACUCAGCUUUUUGGGGCGACUCAGCUGCUGCUGCUCUGCAGCUCGUAGAACAAGAAGGCUCGAACCUUGAUUACCUCGUUGCAGACUACCUUGCUGAGGUCACUAUGGGUAUUUUAGCCCGUCGCAGAAAGCGAUCCACAAAACUCGGUGGCUCAGGAGCAGGUGGAUAUGUUGCAGAGUUUAUUACCCUCGUCUUGAAUCGAAUCCUUCCUCAAAUUAUGGAAAACGAAACUAAAGUCAUUACGAAUGCUGGAGGCUUGGAUCCUAUGGCAUGCAAAGCUGCGAUUGAAGCUGCAUUGACGAAGGCUGGUAUCCCUCUCGACCAAUGCAAGGUAGCCGCUGUGUACGGAGACGACCUCAUUUCUGAUACAAAAACAACGUUGGCCCAUCAUCCUGAAGUACAAGCCUUCUCUGCGACAUCCAAUCCCAAAGAUACCGAUGCACAACCAAAGCCCGAUACCCCAUUAUCGUCCUUGAAUGCCUACCUGGGUGCUAAUGCUAUUGCAAAGGCAUUGAAUGACGGAGCAAAAAUUGUCGUAACGGGUCGUGUAGUGGAUUCAGCAUUAGUGGUUGGCCCUCUUUUGCAUGAAUACGGUUGGAAGUCAUCUCAAUCAAAUUACUAUGACUUGCUUGCAUCAGCUUCAUUGGCCGGACAUAUCAUCGAAUGUGGAUGUCAAGCGACUGGAGGUAAUUUCACUGACUGGCAACUCGCCGCCAACUCUGAACAUGGAGGAUAUGCAAACAUGGGAUACCCAAUUGUCGAGUUCCAUAAGAAUGGUCAAUUCGUCGUGACCAAACCAAAGAUGACAGGUGGUUUAGUUUCCGUCGCCACCGUCGCUGAACAAAUGCUAUACGAAAUUUUGGAUCCCGGCGCAUACCUCUUACCAGAUGUGAUCUUGGAUAUGCGAGGCGUAGAACUAAAGCAGCUGGAGAAGAACAGAGUUCUUGUCACUGGUGCGAAGGGCCGAAAGCCAACCAAGUAUCUAAAGUGUUCUGGAGUCUGGGUGGAUGGUCAUAAAAUCAGCGGCGAGCUCAUGAUUGGUGGAGAAGAUGCUCGCGAAAAGGCCCUGGCUGUUGGUAAUGCCAUCAUUACAAGAGCCCGCACGCUGUUACAAGCAUUUGGCUUGGAAGACUUUAGGGGUACGAAUAUCGAAACAUUGGGAGCGGAAGGGACCUAUGGUCCACACUCCACCAUGACCAAAAGUCGUGAAGUCAUUCUCAGACUGACAAUACAUCAUGAUAACCCUAUGGCUUUGAGGCUAUUUGGUAUGGAAGUUGCUCCGUCGGCUACUUGCAUGGCCCCUGGUAUUACCGGAGCAGGAGCAGGACGUCCAGCACCUAUGAGUAAUCUUGUCCAUUUCUCAUGCCUCAUCCCUAAGAAUGAUGUUCCAACUUAUGUCUGUGUUGGCGAAAAUGGUCAAGUCGAAAAAGUAGAGUGGGAGGCUUGGGACGAUAGCAAAGAUUAUUCUACUCCACCAAGCCUUGUUCCCUACGACGAAACCGUUCCUGAAACCCAAAACUUGCAGAAGGUCAAGUUGAUCAAGUUGGCUAAUGGUCGAAGUGGUGACAAAGGCGACGUCUGUAACGUUGGCAUCAUUGCGCGCGACCCACGAUAUCUUCCAUACAUCAAGAAAGCUCUUACUGAAGAAGUGGUUUAUAAGUACAUGCAACACCUGUGCCAAGGAUCUGUUACUCGAUACGAGCUUCCAGGUGCCCAUGCCCUCAACUUUGUUCUAACAAAAUCCUUGGGUGGAGGUGGCCUCAGUUCCCUGCGCAUUGAUAGACAAGGCAAGACUUACGCACAGAUGGUACUCUCUGGUAUCGAUGUUGAAAUUCCUGCCAACCUAUUGAAGACGGAUAGCAAGCUUUAAAAAUUAGUCGUACAUCCAUAACGUUCCAUUCAAACCCUAAAUGUCUGAUUACUAACAACAGUAUAAAAACCCAAUGAAGAAAAGAUGACGAGUCAACUGGAGUUGUCAUUCAUUGUAAACAUUUGAUUUAUUUUUACUUUAUGAAACA